AAGAUCCUGUCGCCGCCGCCGGAGCCGUUCUCCCGGCUGGAACCCCGCAGUGCGGAGCUCAGCGCCCGGACGGUAGGAGUGAUCCGGAGCGGCGAAGACUCCUCGAUGUUCUCCAUCACCACCAACCAACCAACCAACCACAACACAGACAGAUGCACAACUGGCAGGAGAACGAAAUCAAAGAGCUGUUGACGAUCCGCGGCUCUGAGUCGAUCCGGAACCAGAUCACCGGCACCGUGAAGGACUCGGUGGUUUACAGCCGGAUGACCAAACAGCUGGCGGAGAGAGGAGUGUACCGGUCUCACAUGCAGGUGAUCAGCAAGCUGAAGGCGCUGAGGAAGCAGUACAUCAAGUACCAGCAGCAGAAGACCCGCUGCGGCAGCGACCGCGUCGACUGGCAGUUCUACGAGCAGUGCCACCGGAUCUUCGGGAAUCCCUACCUACCGGGGAACUCGGUGAACCCGGUGAACCCGGUGAAACGGCACCGGAGUCCCUCUCCUCCUCCACUGCUGCUGCACCAGCCGCCGCUGAGUCCUCCGCCUCCACCGCCUCCUCCUCCUCCGCCUCUCAUCAGCAGCGAGGAGCAUCAUGAGGUGGUGGUCGGGCUGUGGGACGAAGUGGACGACCGGGAGCUCAACAAGCAUCUGGGUCCGAUGGAGGGGGAGGACGAGGAGGACCAGUACAGCCCAUCAGAACAGCUGCAGCCCAUCACCACCACGUACACGACUCCAGCGAAGAAAAGGAAAACGACGGUGAUGGAGCAAGUCUCGACAUUAGUGUCGGCGACGGUCAACCAGCUCCGAGAGAUGGACGCUGCCAUGCAGGCGCAGGAGGACAUCCGGCUACAGAGGUUGAUGGACCACGAGAAGGAAAUGCAGAACAAUCUAAUGAGUCAGCUGGCGAACAUGCAUGAAAGGAUCAGCCGAGAAAACCACGAGAGACACGUCGAACUCGUGGACAGGAUAAUGUCUAGGUUUCCUUCACCUUCAGAACCUUCGGGUCACUGACUGACAUUUCUUGCGUGAGUGACGACGGCGUGCGACAGGGUUAUUCAGGUGUAGGGAACACCUCUUGUUUCUCUCUUCCACCAGCUGACUUGUGCCUAAUUCCUUUAUUUUCACUGUAUUUUUCAACAAUGUACGGAAAAGUGAGAUAAUCUUGCCUUUAACCUCGACUCUGCUCUAACACAAAUCCAGGUUAAAAACAGGACAUGUUCCCACUGCAGGCCUUCAUGCUCUGUUCUGAUUCACUGCUCAUAUAACUUUGUUUUUAUCUUUUUAGUUAACCCUUUUACAAUACCAUUGUAAACUCACAGUGGUGCUGAAAACGGAGAAUAACGAAAACACUAAUUUGACAGGAGCAAUGAAGCUGCAUCAUAAUAAUAAUAAUAAUAAUAAUAAUAGACUGUAGCACUUUAUUUAUACUUUUAAAAUACAUUUAAAAUGAUUAAGUCCAUUUAAAUUGGCUAGCUGGACUAUGAAUUGUUAAAUUUAUACUAUAUACACUUAAUCGUGUAGAGCCUAUCAAAACAUUUCCAAUCAUUUAAAGACGUAUUAUUGUUUCAUGUACAUUUAUCUGACUCUACUGACUCAAAACAUGUUUUUAAAAAUCUCUGAAUGUGUGAAUCAGAACAUCAGAUCUGUGUCAUCUGAAAAUCUGAGUUUGGAGGAUUAACACCUACAGUGUGAACUUAGCCUUCAGUUUACAUGAAAGAAGACAAAUGAGUCACACAAAACGUAAUGUGGUGUCGGACUGAACACCGGCAGCUGCAGCCUUUUGUUGUAGGAAACUCUUUACUAAGCAUUUUCUUUCAUUUGGGAUCAUGAUGCUGUUAGAGAUGUUAUAAUGUGUGACUGCGGUACAGUGUUUCCCACUAAUUACCUAGACUGUAGAGGCCCGCCAUAGUCUAUUUUGUCCCCCCACAGUUUCAUAAUGAACCGAAAAUAUUUUUACACACUUCUCGGCUCGGAAAGUCCCGAAGAUGAAAGUGUCUCCAGCCGUGAGAUUUACAGCAACACUCGCCGCUUCCCGGUGCUUCCUGCUGGAAGGGACGAGGUGCGACUGUCAACCGGGGCAGACCGGCCUCAGUGCGUCACCGACCCGUCUUAAAACACGCCCCCGUCUCGUUAACCAAGCUUUGAAAGUGUGACUCUUUUGCCGUGUCAUCACCACUCAUAUACAACCAAUGUGUUUAUGAUUUAAAUUGUUUACUAGAGCACAAUGGUGGAACUCAGAUAUUUAACUUAAGUAAAAGUAGGAUAAUACCAGUGACUCUGUUACAUGUAAAAGUCCUGCACUAAAAAUGUUAUAUACUACUUUACAAUUUGAAUCUGCAAAGAAGCUAGUAACUAUUAUUGUCAAAAUAAUAAGUUGAAGUUGUGGAGUAGAAAUAUAUAAAGUUACAUAAAAUAGAAAAACUCAACCAAGUAAAAGUACCUCAAAAUUGUACCGUACUUGAGUAAAUUGACUUAGUUACAUUCCACCACUGCUAGAGCACAAAAUUGUUUACAAGAGCACAAAGAUCUUCAUAGAUCCUCUUAAUUCUGCUCUAAAAUUGCACCAGAUUGAUGCAUUUAACUUUAAAAUGUACAACAUUUUCUUCCAGGGGAGCAUGCUCCAUGUCCACUCACAAAAUCCUGUGUGAAGCACUGCAGUAAAUGAUAGCAUUUACUGGUAACUUUGAUGAAAUUUGGUAUUUAGAGAAAGCUUUGCCGUGUCAAACAUUGAUGUAAUAUAUCCUGUUUCAGUCGUGUCACCCAGCAGAGCUCCCAGAGGGAGAGGAACCAGAGCAAGCUAACCACUGAAACACUGUAGUAGAAGAGACUCAUGAAUGGAAGUCUAUGUGUAGCACAGCUCAUAAAUAAUGUACGGUGAUGGAUAUUGAAAAAAAGAUAUACACAGUAACAGUUUAAAAAUCUGAGAUUUAUGAGAACACUAUACAGAGAACACAAACGCUGUACGUUUUACAAACUGAGACUCUAAAAUGAUGUGCAUUACGCCCUCGGGUCGCGGUUCUCGGUGUCAUUCUUGGCUGACACGAAAUUCCCGGUUGCGUUUACGGUUAUCAGCAAUCCGGGAGAAAACGUGUCAUUGAGGAAAAACACCUUCUGCAUCAGACGAAACUAAAUCAAUCAUCGUCAUUUCACUUCUACAUCCAACUCCAACUCCAACAUCCUGUUCGAGAUGGCAACACACUAAACACACUAACGCCUUACUGGUGUUAGUUUCACUUUCCUUAUUUUUUCAUUUGAGAGAAACAAAACUUAUUCCACCUUUGAAUGGACCCUCUGAAUCAGAGAGUAUAAGCUAAAGGUUUUAUACUUGUGGCUCAGUCAGCUGGGAUGUGUAUUUUUACUGUAGAUACUUUUAUACUGUUCUUUACUGUUACCAGUGUUACAACAAUAAAGUUUUCAAACUGAAAUGAA